GAUGAGGAUCCCAAGCUACAAGUGCUUACUUAUCUCACAACCGACGCCUCCCUAAAAGACUCUUGGCCGCAAAACAGCGAGUCAGUACAUGUAUCAGCCCGAGUACUGCUACGCCGCCGUUCUCUUUGGUGGCGCAUCAUCUCCCGAUGCGAUGGUCCGCCGCCCGGCACAUCCCAAUCGCAUAUCUAUAGGGCUGAACUCGCUCAUUGCUUCAAUCGCCCAUUGACGUGCGUUUUACUCUCUAGUCUCUCCGCGUUGCCAAGUGCAUUCGCAGCAACUCGUCCCCAAAAAAAGCAACAUACGGAAACGAUCCGAGAAGAAAGAAAGAAAGGAGGGAGUUGAAAGGGGAAACCAAGAACACACUCCGGUGGCCUCAUCCUGAUUGAAUGGCGCUAGACGACGGUACGAGCAUCCAGCAGGUCGCGCCGCGGGCGGCGAAUCGAGAGACCUGCGUCGAUGCCGGUGGGUUGACUCAACUGCUGGCUGAGAAAAAGGCAGAAAGGGAGAGGGCCGAGUCGAUGAGGAGGAGGACGUACGAGGAGAUCCUCAACAAUUAUUUCGAAUUUUACGGCUUCAUGCCGCGCCCUGAGGGUUUGCUCGGGACAUACUGGAUAGAGAGCGGAUGACCCUUGUCGCCUGGGGGUUCUGGUUUCCUGGCGUUGCAACAGUAUGGGUUGGCUAUGCGGCUUGACGAUUCAUCUAACUACUGCUCACGCAUUGUAGUCGAGCUAUAAUAGUACAUAUCGGGA